CUUGCAACAACGUUUGGUGCCGGAGUAUAUAAAAUAAUGUUUUCAAACAACAUUGCGCAAAUAAAAAUUAUAAGUACCCGUAAUUAUAUCUGCAUCACAGUUCAACGAACAGUGCAUGGGUAGGAUUUUCCUACUGGGGCUUUGCAGCACACACAAUGACAAUGAUACCAUAUGAUUACUUCUACCAUAUACAACGUUAAACAGCUGAUUCAGUGCAAAAGCAUCGAAUAACAACACAACAGCGCUCUACUAAGUCACAAAAUUGCAGUAGAAACUGUUGAUUAUUUUACUUGUCAUAUGUACGGCGGACUGCAGUCGCAACUAAACUAUUAUUAGUGUUCUUAUUGUAAAUACGUUAAAUUUCAAAUUAAAUGUCGAGUUGAAUUGUUACUAAAUCGGUGCAACUAUUUUGAAACACGUAGUGCUGGUUUCUAAAAAUGAGAAUUAAAGCCAACGAGCCAAUAAAAACCUACGACGUUCGUUUAUACAUAUGUACAUAUGUGUAUACUAUAAUAUGUACCUAAAUAAUGCACUAUAAUGUAAAUAAAUAAAUAAUGGAGUAAUCAUCAGUAUUUGGAUUUAGAUAUGUAUAAAGUUUAGACUGGUGUGCAUAUGUACCUAAAUGAAUAAAGUAAAGAACUGCAAAUUAAAUAAUUAUUAAAACAACUUACGUAUAUCUGCUCCGCGUAUGCGUUCUUGUGUUUACUCAUUCUGAGAAAAAAUAUAUAAUAUUAUGUGAAAUCUUACAACAAACACAUAUGCACGUUAUGAAUCAACACUGCCAAAUCUAAGCAUACAGUAACACUUUGGAAAAUAUCAACAUAAAACUCCGAUUAAACAAUUUUUACACAAUUCAAUUUUAAGUUUAUUGUGAAAAACCGAAGAUCGCUGAGCAUGGAUUAUUAAAAAUUUGAGUUUCAACGAAAUGGAUGAUUUUAACUUGCACGCUCUUUUGAAAUCCAACAUGACCUCUCCUUGUGAACCUCAGGAAAACGAGUACAAUAAUGGAAACUCCAAAAGCAAUGAGUUAGUUUUUGGGUCCCAACGUGUAAAUCUGAAUUCAAGCACCCCCUAUUCGGAUGCGACACAGACAAAAAAACACCAUCCAGGCCAUAUAAAAAGACCAAUGAACGCAUUUAUGGUCUGGAGCCAAAUGGAAAGAAGAAAAAUAUGCGAAAAGACACCCGACAUGCACAAUGCAGAAAUAUCAAAAGAACUUGGUAGGUGUUGGCAACUUUUAGGCAAAGAAGAAAAGCAGCCUUAUAUAAUUGAAGCGGAAAACUUACGUAAACUGCAUAUGAUAGAAUAUCCUGAUUAUAAAUAUAGGCCCCAGAAGAAGCAAACGAGAUGUUUUACUUCUAGGAAUAAUAAUGAUAAACGCGAACGCGGAGAACAGAGUCAAAACAGUAUAAAGAAGAGAAUACCAUCUGCACCAUCUUCCACCGAGCGAAAAAGUAAACAAAGUAUAGUUUGCAGCAAUCAAGAUGGAAUUUACCGGCGGAACCGAAACUCGAGAAAAAAUGUGGGCAAGGGCUCCUCCGUCAAUACAAGAAAGCUUAACAAAUUAAAAGACGUGAUUACUUUUCAUGAUCCGGCUAAAAUUUGUAAAGAAGAUAAUCCACUAAAUUAUCUACCAAGUACUUCAAGUGAUAGGAACUUUUGCAAUGAUGCAAUUAUCUGUGAUAUCAACUCAGGGAUUGUAGAUAAUUUACCUAGCAUAGAUCCCAAUGACCCGUCCGAUUUGAAUCAACUCAAAAAUAGUGCGGAAUAUCAACUUGAAGACGUUUUGAAAAUCAUUAAUCCCGAUCACUUUUUUGAAACGCAAUUUGAAUUUCAAAAUAACAAAAAUGAGUUUUCUCAUGACAAUGCACAAAACCAUGAACAACAAGUUAAUAUAAAUAAUGUUUCUCAGAUCUCAUGUUUCGAAAAGGCUAAAAUAGAAAAAGAAGACAGCAUUGUAAAUGAUGCUAAUUUACAUCUUGCCAGUCACCAUUCACGUCAAAUACAAUAUCCAUAUGAAACUGUUAAACUUCCUAUUUUCGAUUCUAUACUAUCUUCCCGAGAUAACAAAAAUAACUCAAGUAUUAUUAACCACCCAACUGACGAUACAAAUAGUGACAUUAUAAACCAAUCGUUGUAUUGCACGGAUGAAUGCAUAUCUGAAAAUCAAGAUUCUGCCAUGCAACAACAAACCGUAACCAUGAAUAUUGAAAUUCACAAUAGCAAUCGUAUUUGCGGAAAUGUUGGGAACACUGGAUUUAUAACUGCCGAUGAUAUGUACGCAAUAUCAAUUCCUUGUGCAAGUGUUGACAGCGAUUGUAGUAUUCUAACAUCGCCACAUUCAUCACAAAUUGGGUUAAAUAAUAUUAGUACUAACAGCGUGGUGGUGGACACGAAUAUUGCCAAUAUGUUUCCACUAUUAAACACGAAUCAACAACCUCAACCGGAUACUCUCAACUCUUCGAACUACAAAUUUUAUGAUACCAAUGGAGCACUGCUUGCUUUUACCUAUGACGACUUACCACCGGAAUCCACAGGCAGCCACUUGGAGUUUAGCAACAGAUAUGAGUUUUCGAGUCUUUAAAGGGCGACAAAUCCAACAUUUGUUUUAUAUUUUAUAUCAAGACAUCUUUAUAUACUGCAUGGAUAUGUAGAUAAGAUGAAGUAUAUUUUUAAGUAAAUGUUUAUUUGCGUGUAACAUUUGCAUAUACGAAACCAGAUAAGUAGAGUUAUUAAGAGAGGUGCAACUGUUAUAACGGGUAGAUCAUGAAAUAUUCAGAUAAAAAAGGUAUGCGUAUGUACAUAUAAUAUAAAUAUAUUUAUGGAUAAUUUAAACUACUUUGACAGCAUACAAUUCUAAAUAUCAGAGAAAUAUAACUUUUUCAAUCACAUUUCUAGUAUUCUGCAAAAUUAUAAUUUUUCGAAAAAUAUGCUGUAACUAAAGAAUCUUCCAAAAAUGUACUUGCAGUAAAAAUGUCUGCUUACUUUGGAAAAUUAAAAUUUUUUAAAAUAUGCACAAAGUGUGCACUAAUAUAAGCCUGUGAACAUUUGCAACUUUUAUAUGAAGAAAGUUAUUUAAUUUAACUUUUUGUGAUUCGCAUUUACAUACAUGUUUUCGUAUGAAAAACAUUAUUUCGUAAGAAAAUAAUCACCCCUGUGUGUAUUCGAUUUCGCUACGAAUCGAAAAUCGCUAAGCUCAAUUACGAGAUGCCGUAUAGUAACUUCGAGAUUCGUUGACCAUUUUCGAAAUUCGUUCAUAGUACGCAACGUAGCUUCCAUUUUAAAGUAUAAUAUUUUAGCGAAAUUAUGUAAAUCGUGCAUAAACGAUUCUUAGUCGAAGGUCACAGCAAAUCGCAUGCAGUGCGAAAAAAAUAAAGAAUAUAUGAGUAAAAUGCCAUUGCUCAAGGAUUUGCGAAAGAUUCUAAAGAGGUUGGGCAGAUUUUUUGGGACCACUAACCAGGAAAUUUUGCUUUAUCGUAAAAAAAAAACAUAUUUCAGCACUUUUUCUUCCUCGUUCGUCAUUAAACUUUAUCUAGACUGGGCACAAUUUCGGCGCUCCAAAAUACUUAACGGUAUUUUGAGUGCUUUGGAGAACGAAGACUGCGCUAAUCCUACAUCAUGGUCAUUUCCAACACCUUGUUGACAACUUUCUUCAGCGAAGAUCCAUAAAACUGCCACCAAUCGAUCUAGAGGAGUUAUUUACGAAAAUUUUACACUUGCCCAAUUUCUUCCUCCCUAACGUCUAAAAUGCUUUUGAAUGCGUUUUUGUUAAGGGGAAAUAUCUUCACACAUCAUUCAACCAUUCAUCAUAUUCACGGAAUGGCACAUUUUCUUCUUCCUGGGACAAAAGUGAACCGGUUACAGAAUACAUUUUAUUUUAAUUAAUUACGAAACUUCUUUACACAUGAUUAUGGAAUGCUGGUUUUAAAGCUCACUGUUUACUUUCAAUAAUAUUUAUUUAUUUCUGUUAAAACAGCCGAUUAAAAACUUUGAACAAGUUUUCUUUAUUGGCGACGCGGUGGGAGAGCUACGAACGGAUUACUGCAUAGGGGUGAACAUUUUUUAAAAUUUACGCCGUCUUGUUGCGGUUGCGACUGCAUAGUUUGGGUAGCCCAUUCAGAAAAAAAUUUGAAAGAUUAUGGAUCUUCGAAAGAUAUUUCAGUUAAAGUUAAUAAAAAUAUAUGUAUAUAAAUACAAAGCUAAUUUGCAUAACACGUCUGACGCAUUAAGGAAACUAAUUUCUUUAACAUAUUGUACUUAUAUGCACAUUAGAGCGCACCGAAACAAAGUUCGCCGUGUAGUCUUAAAGUAUUUUUGUAAGAAAAAUUUUUUUUUUGUACGUACGAGCCCCCUUUUUAUAUUUUUCCAUAUAUCUUCGGCAUUUACAGUCGGAUCUUAAAGUAUAGUAUAUCCAUAUUAUUGUCUCGAGACAUGUUUUUUUUUUGCUUCAAAGUUUGUUGCAAAGUGUUUGCUACCACGUUCUAGUACUUACUAAAAUGUUUACUACUUUAUUACUUAAUUUUAGUAUUGCUAUUCGUUUUGCCUGUGAAAAAAAUGUUUGAAAUUAGUCUGGCAAUUCACGGAAGUUGGGACGUUUUCAAAUACUUUUCACAAAUUCGCCAGUUAGAAGACGUUCAGUAUACCGUCCAUCCGCUUAUCGAAAAUUCCAAAAUAUCGCGUACUUUUCCUACCCCGAGAAUAUUUUGUUAAUCGUGAUAACGUACCCGGAUCCGCUAGUACGUUCAGAUCGCUUUACGAAUGUUAUUCUUAAAACAACGAGCGUUUUGUUAUUGUAUUUCAUGAAUCUGCCAUAUCGGCCACCUACGAAUAACGUCAGAAAUACGGCCAAUUUGAAUCGCGCCGGAAUUUUAUCGAUUAAAAUUUCCAUUUAGAAAUAAUCUUGAUUUGAUUUUUUUAUUUUUUUUUUAAUUCACGUUGUAGAAGUUAAGAUUAUCUGGUAGAUAAGUACAAGAAAAGGUUAAUUGAGACCAAUGAACUUUGGAACAAAAACUUCUCGAGAUAAAAACAUCAUUUUAGCUUGCAAAAACACUUUAGACUAAGGCUUAUGUGUUUAAAAAAAAGUUAAUUCAAUUCAAAGCCGCAAUUCGACCACUUAUAUACAUACAUACAUAUAUAUAUAUUAUUAUUAUAUAUAUAUAUGUAUAUAUAUAUAUAUGUUUUAUAUAUUGUGUACAUACAUACAUAGCUUUCCUGAAUAUUUGUAUUUUACAUAACUACCGUUCAUUUCCUUGAAAUAAAUGAACGCCGUGGAUGAGGAAUGGUAAAUCAGGGGCAUAAAUAAGAUAAGUAGCAGUAGUAGUUCUAUAGAAUAUCAAACUCUAAAAGAGAAUUAUAAGAGAAAUGUAAAUACAGUUGGUUCGUAUUUUGCAACAACAAAGUAAAAGGUAAACCAAGUUUGACAGUGUGGAAAAUACAUAAAAUUGAAAAGGCCAAAUCAGCCCUUCUGCUGCCACCUUAUUGAUGCGCCUUGCGUGAAAUAAUAAUAUCAAAGCAUGGCUAUUUACGUCGAAAUUGAUCAUAUGCGCUUCCAAAUUUUGUCAAUCAUGCCACUACUACCAACUAUGGAAGUUAACCAGACUUGCUUUUUCGACUUUGGACAUGAAUUUAACAUACAUAUGUAUUUCUGUUAUACAAAGCUAACGACAUGAGCUUCCAGGUAAAUUUCUAAACUUUAAUUUUUUAUCGUUUUAUCGAUAUAACCUUUUAAAAAGGAUACUCGAAUAGAACGAAAGAAAGGCCAGACCCGGGCGCCCAACCGAAGGUUUUAAAAAAGGUGUCCUAAGAAAGGUGAAAGUGGGAGAAAAAUUACACACACGUUUCUUAUUAGGAAUUACAGUUAUGUUAGCAUUGUGUUUUGGACUCGCUACGUUUGGAUUAGUGCAAAUACUGUGAUUGGAUUUCUUAGAUUUCAUAUGCUUUUUGUUUAUAUUUUUUAAAUUUAAUUUAAAUAAAUAUAUAAAUUUAAAUUUUUUGUCAUAUACUUUAAUUAAUUUUAAGUUACAUGAUUGUAUUCUUAAAAAUGAGCUCUAUUGUCCCUAUUUUCUCUAUAUACAUACAUAUGUACAUAUGUACAUGAAUUUAUAUGAUAGAAGAUAUUGAAUAUGGACUUGAAGACUGGUACUCAACUCUCACGCAUAUACAAGAAAAACAUAUCCAACGAGUUUUCUAAUUCCAUUAUAUUUUAUGCAAUACUCAGUUUAUAAGAAAAAUAGUUGCGCUAUUGCUCCACUUUUCUAUAGUAAUUGUAAGCUUGAUAGGAAAAUUAAUUUGCGGACUAUAAAAUGGUGUUGCCAAAUGAGUGAGCUAGAAGAGGAACUCAAGAAAUAUUAUAUUCCUUCUCGUCCGACUUUUCUGGAAGCUUUAAUUUGAUAUCAAAAAUGAGUGUUAUUAGAAAUUUUACACCCAAAAAAAGGCCAUAAUAUUUCGAAUUCAAACAAAAAAUUUAAUCAUAACAAUUAUUUGUGGAAAAUAUUUUUUGUGUCGUCGGUAAGAGUUAUUUUCCAACUUUUAUAUUACAUGGCCUCAUAGUUGUUAUAAAAGAAAAGAGUUUUCCACUCACAUCACUUUCUUCAUCGCCUUCUAAAUACACAUACAUAUGUACAUAUUCGUACAUGUAAAUCAACAUAUGUAUACGCACACGUGUAUGUAUGUAGGCGCGAUGCGUUUGCCUCCGGAUUAAGAUCUUGUGCCAUGUUAACUCAGCUUAUAUUUAUCGGAAAACUAAAAAACAGAAGGGAACUACAAUCCCAAUCUGUUCCGCAUAUUGAGUGGAGCCGAACUUUUUUUAUGCUACGCCAGUUACCUGUUCUGCCCGCCGACAUAAGAAAUACAGUUAUGAGAAUAUUUAAAAUAUCUCUCACUCAUAAGGUCAAAAAUAAAAAUAUGGAAAAUAACCCUAAUCAACGAUGCUAUUAAUUUUCCUCGCGUAAGACCUUUUACCAAGGAUUUUUUUUUCAGGAAAAGCUUAUAAUUUUUAUAAAUAAUUAAUAUUUAUUUUCAUUUUCAUAAGAAAUUUCGACCGAAGUAAAGACAAACUGGAUAUAGGCAAUAUAGAAUUUAUUUUGUAAGGAGUCUAAUGAUAAAAAACUAUCAAAAUUUUUAGAAUUCAAUGCCAAAUCGUCUCAAAAAUAUAACUAUUAUUUAAAAAACUUAUACAAAAUUAUAAAUGCAUUUAGUUACGCUUGACCCCUUUAGCCUGUACGCGUAAGUUUAAGUUAAAGUAAGGGCGAUUUAUCAGAUAAAUGCUUGCGAAAAGACUAUAUUAAAAAAAAAUGCUUGCGAAAAGACUAUAUUAAAAAAAAAAAAACACCUGUAGCAAAAAAGUUUAGGCGCUUGAAUUACAAUGUAUUUAUUUAGUUUGGCUGACGUUCCUCCAAUGGUGUGGCUAAUUAAUUAAUGGACGAAAAGUUUUUAUUCAGAAAAACUUGACUUUAAUCAAUUAUUUGUAUUAUAUUUUUACAAACAAAAAAUGUUCAUGCAAGUUUAUUGUAUCAGAAAUAUUCAUUCAUGUAACUGUACGAAAAGCAAUAUUAACGAGUAUAAUUCUUUUUACGUCCUAUAUUAUACACAAAAAAAGGAAAAAAAAAAAAUUCAAAACAUAUACUUAUAUUUGUAUCCAAUACGUUUUCAAUAAAUAUACAAAUAUACUAUAUAGUGACACUAUACUAUAUAGUCAAGUGAUGUGAACCUUUUAAAAUCGUUUUUCUUUCAGAAGUUGAUUUGGAGUUAUAAUUUAUAAAAAUCUGGCUCUCCACUGUAUUAAUCAUAAUUUUCUUGUCACAAAAAAACUGUUAUCAUUGCAAUUAAAGUAAAAGAUCCCAUCGUGACACUUCUACAAAAACUUAUAGAAGAUGUAAUUUCUCUAAAAGACAAAGCCUUAAAUAACCUCAAAUUAACAGACUACUUUGUUAUUAUAUUUAGCAGAUGUGAUUUUUCAAAUAGAAAAAGCCUUAAAUAACCUCAAAGUAACAGACAACUUCAAAAUCCAAACUAUUUAAGCAAUUCUCAUUCUAAAAAGUAAAUAUGUAAGUAGUCAUGUCAACCUCUAAUUACACGAUUUCUAAAAAGUUCAAUUCUUAUGAAGAAAAGAUUGUGUGCUUAGUUUAAAAUUGCGUGCAUAUGAAACCCGAUAUUUAAAUAAUUUUUUCUACUAGAAGUACGAUAAAAGCUAUUCAUUUGUUCCCUUUCCACACCCGUCAAAGCAAGACCGAAACAUGGAAAGGCAUCUCGAUACUAAAUUUUUUAUUGCCAAUCGAGACAGCAAAUUGACUGAAUUUGGUAAUUCAUGUAAUGAAAUACUUUAAGUCAUAUAUUGCCAACAUCUGUAAAGCAAUGGGUUGUCAUUUUGCAAUUGGUAGUUUUUGUGAAGCUCACAUUGUCAAGACCUUCGAUCAUUUCCAGACUGUGAAUUUCUCUUUUUUGCAAAGAAGGAUUCACUCAGAAUCUCGGAGUCCUCUUUCCUAUUAAUUGUAUAAAUCCAACAAUCAAUAAUGCGAGCACAACUUAAUAGCUUACUUGACGACAUUUUUGAAAUGACGAUAACAUAAUGUGGCGGUGCUAGCGCAAUAAAAUUUGACAAUUAUCAUAAAAUGAAUAAUUGAGUGUCGAGAUGUUGAGUUACUUCGUUAUUUUUUUACCAUUUAGGGUGGAAAAAAUUAUUAUUUUUUCAAUUUAAAGAAUUAAUUCUCAUAGUAUAAACACAUUGACACAAUUCUGGUGAACGCAAUUAUUUAAACAACAGCACGGCAUAUUGGCUUAAAUUGUUGACGUCGCCAAACUAAAUCAAUUUCUAAUUCGGUCGGCGACAAUGAGCAGAUGCAGGGCCUGUUCGAGGCAUGUAAUAAAAGCGGCAGCAUUGCAGCACUUAUAAAAGUUUCUAACCCUGUUGCAAAUGCUAAACUGAUACUUUUCCGAUGUUCGGCCCUCAAGGUGAAUACGUAAAUAAAAAUUAAAAUAAAGUUGAUAAUUCGAUAUUGAUAUUAAUUUAUUAUUGAAAAUGGCAAAAAAAGAAUGAAGCAAUCGUGCAAACAAAAUUUUUAUGAUUCUGAUUUAAAAGACUUUGCGCGCAACAAUGGCCAAAUUUCCGGCAGUUGGAACGUUAUAUGUACUUUUGCCAGAGUUGCUAGAAUUUCACACCGAACGAGAUACUAAAACGUUUACAUUAACAUAUGAAGUGUAAAAUUUGGGACAUUUUUUUAUAUUUAUAAAUUGCACGUUAUUCAAAACCAAACGCGGUAAAAUAAUUAUAUGUUUUUAAUAUAUAUAUAUAUAAUUGGCGCGUACACCCUUUUUGGGUGUGUGGCCGAGCUCCUCCUCCUAUUUGGGGUGUGCGUCUUGAUGUUGUUCCACAAAUGAAGGGGCCUACAGUUUUAAGCCGACUCCGAAGGGCAGACAUUUUUAUGAGGAGCUUUUUCAUGGCAAAAAUACACUCGGAGGUUUGCCAUUGCCUGCCAAGGGGCGACCGCUAUUAGAAACAUGUUUUUCUUAAUUUUGGUGUUUCACCGAGAUUCGAACCGACGUUCUCUCUGUGAAUUGCGAAUGGUAGUCACGCACCAACCCAUUCGGCUACGGCGGCCGCCGUUUUUAAUGUAAUAGUAAUUAUCACUCACAACAAGAUAUUCAAAUUUUAUAGAAUUGAAAUAUUUUAUUGCGGCAGCAAUGAAAGUAUGUGCUUCCCAAGGCACAUUUAUUAAAGGUGGUGGAACUACACCAAAAACAAUGUUUUGUACGUUUGAUUGUCACGGCAAAGUAUUGGAAAAGUAGGAAACGCACAAUUAAUUCGCAGCUGAUUUACUAACACCACUUUUAAUAUAUUCACCAAGACGCUUUCAUAAAAUAUUUAAAAAUUUGGCUCUCUUGUGAUAUAAUGCAAAUGAAGACCGCUCAUCGUAGACCUCAUGAAAUAAAUCACAGAGCUGGACUGUCACUUUGGUGUUUUCAUUUACAUGAAAUGUUUGUAGUGACAACAAUUUAAAAUCAAAAAAGAAAUUUAAAAACGAAGUUUUUUUUCUAAUCCCACUAGCCCAUUUAACAAUUUUAGCAAAUAGACUUAUUAACGAUUUUUUUUUUUUUUUUUUUCGUUUAAAAAACUUCUUUUCUCAAAAUGGCAAGAGUGCUUUGUGCGGAAUUUUUUAUAAUGAAAACUUAUGUGCUGAAAUUGACAGUUCGCUGUAAAUCGAUACGAGGGGUAAGAUGAGACUUACAGGCAAGGCGAAUUUAUUACAGGUGACAGCAAACACAUAUAAGUAAAACCCUACAUGUAUUUGUUGUUGCGUUUGGUGCAAGUAUCAUGUCAAAAUCAGCAAGCAAAUGUAAACAUACGAAUGUAAACAUACCAAUACAUACAAACAAAGCAUAUCAUUUUGACGUAAGCCAUACCUACGGUGAAAAAUUCAGCUGGGUGAAUGCUGUCACCUUAUUAAAUCCGCCUUGCUUACAGGCAAGGAAAUUCUCCUGUCGUUACAUCGUGAAGUGUUCUUGUCAAUGUGUUCAUACUAUCAGUCGCAUCACCAAAAAUCGAAAAAUCUGAUCAAAUGCCAACAACGAGUUCGAACUUGAGCGAAUAUUGAGAUGACUCAACCAAAAUGUGUGCAUAUAUGUAUGUAUUUACAUACAAAAUGCAUUCAUUGUAGAGUAGGGCACAUUUUAAAACAUUUGUUGGUAGUUUCAUGGAGUUGGUUGCAUUCAUUAAAGGUGGUGGCACUAAACUAACAACAAUGUUUUGUACGUUUGAUUGUCACGGCAAAGUAUUGGAGAAGUAGAAAACAAAAAGUGAAUUCGUCUUGCUUCAUUGUGUGCUGACAGCCACAUGGACACGACGAAAGCAAAAAACAAAUCAGCUGUUUCACCGACACCACCUUUAAUACACUCGCCUUGUAGAUACAUACAUAUAUACAAAUAUUCAUUUCCCUGUUUAUUUUGAAAAUUUUUAAUUAAUAACAAAAGAUAAAAACUUAAAGGAAAUUAGGCCGUAAAAAAUUAAGAAGAAGAACUAAAAAAGGGAGCAAAGAGUAUCGGAAUUGAAGAGGAUAAUUAAGGUGUUAAAAUUAAAAUUUGUACGCGAAGGCAGCCUUCGUUGAAAAUAUGUAAUUUGAAAAUAAUGUAGUGUGUUUUACUUAUACAAAUAUACACGUAUGUAUGUACGAGUAUAUGUACGCAUAAUUAUAUGCAAUUCUGAAGAUUGAGUACCAGUUAGAAAUAAGCCAAAUUGUAUGAACUCAAUUAUGUGGAUCUAUAAAUUCCGUUUGAGUUUAAAAUGUUAUUGUAAGCAUUCAGAGCAGAUCGCAUUGCAUGUACAUAUGUAUAUAUAGAUAGAUAUAAGUAUAUACAAGUAUAUGUGCGCAUAUAUAUAAUUACGUAUAUGUAUAAUUAUAUGUAUGUGUAUGUAUACAUACAUAAUCAUAAAAGUACUAUAAAAAUAUAUAUUUACGCAUAUGGAAUAUUAAAACAUAAACUCCAUGUUGCUUCAAAUUGCUUUAAGUAAAAAUCCUCAGAAUAAGUCAUAAAACCUGAGAGUACCUCAAGCAUAAAGGAUUAGGAAGUUACCUAUAUUAUUAUACUUAUACGUACGUUUGUAUAUCUAAUAUGAGAGCAGAUUUUACAAAUGUAAGAAAAUCAAUUCCAUGAAAGACAGAAACAUUAAAUAACGAAAUGUUACGUAAUAUAUUUAAUAAUUCGUUAUAUAACAUAAAAUAAAAAAUAAUAUAUUUUAAACAAGAUAUUCUAUAUUAAUUGUAAGUAUAAAAACGUGUAUGGUACAUUCAAUAUGAACUGUGUGAUUUUAAAUAUUACAUACAUAUGUAUAUGUAUAUACAUACUUUGGCACACUUGUGCACAUAUAUGUAGAUGUAUAAAUAUAAAUAUUUUUAUAUCUUAAAAUAAACCAAAAGUAAGGAAAAUACAAUUUCUUUUGUAAACUUUUUAUUUAAUAAAAAUAUGUUAGGAUGCUGCCAACUACAACAUGAAUGCCAUAAAUGUUAUAAAACGUGGGAAAUUAA